AUGGCGAACUUCUGUCACAGGGACCUGGUGGCGGUUAUGGUGCAGGUACAUGGGGAGGGGCCGACCGCGGACAUGGUCCUUUGUUCCUCUUACCUACCGCAUGACUCUGCGGAGCUGCCACCCACUAGAGAGCUGCAGGAACUGGACAGGUACUGCAGGUCUAAAAAGCUGCCGCUCAUCAUAGGCUGCAAUGCAAACUCGCAGCAUGUGGUAUGGGGUAGCAGUAAGAAUAACGCCAGUGGAUCAGCCCUGUUGGAAUACCUGGCGAAUGCGGAGCUGGAGAUCCUAAACAGGGGAACUAGCCCCACGUUUGUCACCGCUAGGGCUCAAUGUAUCAUUGACAUCACGUUAUGCGAUCGCAGACUGGCGCACCGGUGCGUGAACUGGAGGGUGGACCAGGAGGACUCGCUCUCCGAUCACCGGUGCAUCAGGAGGGAACAGGAGGAAAGGCUAGAUGUCGGACGUGUGAAGCCCAGCAACAUCGAGAGGUUAGAGGACGAGGUGAAGAGUAUCCACAGAGCCCUAACCGAGUCCUUCCAUCAGGCAUGUCCGAUCAGACCAUGCAGGGUAGGAAGGAAAGUUAAAUGGUGGAACCGGGAACUUGGGAGACUGAAAGGCCUGACCAGGCGUCUCUGGAACCGAGCGUACCGCACCAAAAGAGAAGAGGACUGGACUCAGUACAGGAAGAUACAGAGGGAGUUUAAAAAUCUCAUCAAAAGAUCGAAAGAGUCAGCAUGGAAGACCUUCUGCGAGGAGCUGGAAGCACUGCCACAAGUGGCCAGGCUUCGCAGGGUCUUCUCUGCCGGACACGUGCAAGGCUUGGGUGGGAUCAUACUACCUGGUGGUGUUGCUAUCACCCAGCCAGAUGAGAUACUGGAGCACCUGAUCCAGGUGCACUUCCCCGACUCUGUUAUACAGGGGGAGGGAAUGUGCUCUGGUAUGGAGUGGGCACGGUCAGGCGAGGGCAGGCCGAUUUGGGGCCUGGCCUCGAAAAUUGUGACGCUGGACAGGCUGCGGUGGGCGGUGGACUCCUUCGAGAUGUAUAAGAGUCCGGGGCCUGAUGGCAUAUACCCGGCUUUUCUGCGGAAAGGAGGCCCGCUGCUUCUGCAUAGACUGCUACCAGCAUUAAGGGCUUGUCUUGCUUUAGGACAUGUCCCAGGAAGAUGGCGGGAGGUCAGGGUUGUGCAUUCCUAA